GAGGACCUGGGUAAGGUAUGUUCUCCAGUUACAAUUCCUUCUUGCCACAAUUCUUUCAUUGAGUGGUCAAAUACUAUUCGGCGGAUUUUUGUGGGCAUAAGUGUGGCUGUGAUAGACAGAUAGACGACGGCCGACCUUUUUAGUACAUUAUCAUCGCACCUCUCCAUGGCUCUCCGCCGGCCAUUAACGCUUCCGAGGCACAUUCUCAAUGGAGCUUGUUUAGGCUUGCGACCAGCUGUGUCUCGCACCGCUCUGACUUAUGGGCAGGAGCAGAGGAAAGGGCUUGCAACAGCAGUUCCCCCGGUUACUCAAGAUGCAACUGGGUCCAAGGGCCCCACGGCAAUGGUCUUCCUGAACAUGGGUGGGCCAUCAAAGACUGACGAAGUGGAAGAUUUUCUGAGCAGAUUAUUUGCCGAUGGCGAUCUGAUUCCUCUCGGACGACUCCAAUCGUACCUCGGCCCUCUCAUCGCUAAGCGCAGAACCCCAAAGAUCCAACGGCAAUACUCGGAUAUUGGUGGAGGCUCGCCGAUCAGGAAAUGGUCUGAAUAUCAGUGCGAGGAAAUGUGCAAAUUGCUGGACAAAAUCAAUCCCGAAACCGCCCCUCACAAGCCUUAUGUCGCAUUCCGAUACGCCGACCCUCUGACGGAGGAAAUGUACACAAAGUUAUUGGAAGAUGGGUUCGGCAAUGGGAAAGGAGGGCGCGCCGUCGCAUUCACCCAGUACCCCCAGUAUUCGUGUUCCACCACGGGUAGCUCGCUGAACGAGUUGUGGAAAUGGAGAACCAGGCUGGAGGGUAAGCGUGCGAAUGGCGACAUGGACCCCGCUGGUGCCAUCCAGUGGAGUGUCAUUGAUCGAUGGCCAACGCACCCUGGCCUCGUGGAGGCUUUCGCCCGGAACAUCGAGGAGCAGCUGAAGACCUACCCGGAGGAGAAGCGAAAUGGUGUCGUACUCUUGUUCUCAGCCCACAGUCUGCCUAUGAGUGUUGUCAACAGAGGUGACCCAUACCCUGCUGAAGUCGCUGCAACUGUGCAUGCUGUCAUGCAAAGAUUGAACUUCAGCAACCCUUACCGACUGUGCUGGCAGUCCCAAGUGGGACCGUCAGCUUGGCUUGGAGCCCAAACUAGCGAUACAGUCGAAAACUAUGUCAAACGUGGGCAGACCGAUAUUAUUCUAGUCCCCAUUGCCUUCACCAGCGAUCAUAUCGAGACUCUGUACGAGUUGGAUCUGGAAGUGAUUAAGGAAGCAAACUCUCCGGGAGUCAAGAGAGCCGAGAGUUUGAAUGGCAACCCCAUUUUCAUCCAGGCGCUAGCAGACAUUGCCCAAGAGCACCUCCGUAAAGGAGAAAAGUGCUCAUUACAGAUGACUCUGCGCUGUCAAGGCUGUAAGAGCGAACGGUGCCUGGAACAGAAGAAAUUCUUUGCUGGCGACCGAUUUUCUUCUCUUGUAGUUUAGUUUAUUUCUAUUAUGGCUGUUCUCGGCCGUUGUAUACAAUAUUAGGGGCCAUUUUCUUUUCCUCGGGGCGUUUAGUUGUGCUGUCAUGCGAGAUGAUCUAUUGACGGAGCGCAGCAGAGCAAUGUAUAUAUUGUUGAAAAGUCCGAGCAUACAAUCUCAUUUCGUUGUUGGUCUUCAAUCGUUGUGACUCUAUAUAGAAAUAUUACGGAAGAAGGAUUUCCCAUCAACGUCUCUGUCAACCUUGACAGUUACUUUGUCACCAAAGUCGCACACGUGCAACGACAAAUCGCGGUCCAGUAGUAGUGUCGGCGUACCUUAUCGAGAAACUGCCCGAGAUUACUUCGACUCAAAUCUCAACCCCUGAUAAGAAGGAUUGAUUAUUGAACAAACUCUCAUAACUAGCGGCCGUUUAUGAUUCACUGGUUGGUCGGAAUCGGGCUGACGC